AUGUUCGUUUUUGAGCUCAUCACCAUCAGGCUGGUGCACAAGUUGGCCUUCGCUGCCGUUGUAGGGAUUUUGUCGAAGUGGUUCUAUGGCCGCCGGCGGGAGCGUCAGGAACAAGAGGCUUUUGCGAGACUGAAUGGGUGCCUUCCACCCCAAAGUGAAUUCAAACACCAUUGGCCGUGGGCUCUUGACCUGAUCAAGAGACAUGUAGAGACAGUAUUGACCGAUCAUGCACUAGCCUUGCAAGUCGAGUUCACGGAAACACUGGGCAUCACUUUUGCAGCAUACAUGUUUGGGUGUGUUGGCUACUUCACCUCAGACCCCCGGAAUAUCGAGGCAAUCACGAAUUCCCGCUUCCAAGAUAUUGGACUAGGCUGUCGUCGUCCCGCCUGUUACCCCUUCCUCGGCGAAGGCAUCUUCACGCAGGAUGGUCCGCCGUGGAAACAUUCCCGCGAAAUGCUCCGUCGCCAAUUUGCGCGAGUUCAGGCAAGAGACUUGGAAACCUUCACUGAGCAGGUCGAGAUCUUGGUAUCAACCUUUCGCAACGCAAAGGGCGUCGUGGACCUCCAACCGGCCUUCUUCCGCUUCACGCUUGCAACAUCUACUGCGUUGCUUUUCGGCGAAUCAAUUGAGACGCUCUCCCGAAACGAGCAGAAAGAAUUUGCCGAGCAUUUCGACAGAGCAUCGCGAAUCACGGCUGUGCGACUUCCCCUGGCCGAUCUCUGCUUCCUGUACAACACUUGGGCUUACCGCAAAUCAUGCAAGAUUGUCAAGCGCUAUGCCGACUACUUCGUCAAGAGGGCUCUCCGGCAUUCUGAAGACCACGGUUACGAGGAAGCAAGUGAGAAGUACGCCUUCAUUCUCGACCUCUAUAACGAUUACAAAGAUCCGACUCUAGUUCGCGACCAGCUCGUCAAUGUCUUGCUUGCCGGCCGAGAUACCACAGCUUGUACGAUGUCAUGGACAAUCUUCCACCUCGUUCGAUAUCCUGACAAGCUUAAGCGACUUCGUGAAGAGAUUAUGGCCGCAGCUGGCGCUCAAACAUUGAUUACAAGGGCGCACACCAGAAACAUGCCAUACCUGACAGCGGUUUUAAACGAAAUUCUUCGACUCUAUCCUCAAGUUCCGAUGAACACCCGCUCCGCAAUCAGGACGACACUGCUCCCCAAGGGCGGCGGUCCAGACGGCGAAGCUCCGGUCCUUGUCCCUCGAAAAGCCGGUAUCACAUUCAGUCCAUAUCACAUGCAUCGCCGUAAAGAACUUUUCGGUGCAGACGCCAACGAAUUCCGUCCGGAGCGGUGGUUGGACGGCAGUCUCUCGAACAUCGGUUACGCUUACAUGCCCUUCCUCCACGGCUAUCGGACCUGUUUAGGCAAAGAUUUCGCUCUAUCCGAGGCAAGCUACGGCAUCGUCCGGCUACUUCAAGCGUAUCCGAGUCUCCGGCUUCCCCCUGAUGCAGUCGUUGAGCCCACAGGGCAGGAGAAGCAGAUGCUGACGCUGGUCGUUUCGAGUUUGGAGGGAUGCAAAGUUGUUCUCGAUUGA